GCCACAGACGCAGCAGCAUGAAAGGACGAUCCGUAGCGUGGACACUCGUACGACCAAGCCAUCGCAAGCUUGCGCUGGCCGCGUUUGCCGCGUGCGCCUUUACGCUGCACACGAUCGCGUUCAGUGGCGUGCCGCAGCGCCCGCUCUUGCGCAGCAAGGGCGAAGUGCUCUGGCCCAAAGCCUUGUACACGCGCAUGGCCUCCGUGCGCAACGAGACACAAGGCGACGAUCUCUUUGGCGACAUUGUCCAUCUCAACAACCUCAACGAAGCCUGCUUCCACGCCAACGACAGCAUUGUGCACUGGGCGUUCAACAGCUCCGAAGUCAACCACACGGAGCUCUGGACGCGCGAUGCCACGCCGCGGGACGAACUCAUUGCGCACCUCGCGCAGUGCCCGGAAGUCGACGUCUUCCUCCCCGCGGGCUUGCGCGACCACGGCUACUGCGAAGAUGGCAUGGCGUACGUCAAGUUUCUCAAAACCCGCGCGCUGCCGAUUUGGGUCUUUGACUUGCGAUUCGACUAUGAAGGCCGCACCAACAUCAACUACUUCGACUUGUGCCCCAACACGGCACUGCUCUUUAUGAACCACUACAGGCAAGCGUGA